ACAUGGUAUUUAUCGACCUUGAAAAGGCAUAUGACAGAGUUCCUCGCGAAGUUUUGUGGUGGGCUAUGAAAGUGAAGAGAUUGCCUGAGAAGUAUGUGAGGCUUGUGAAAGCGAUGUAUAGACGAGCGAGUACAAGGGUCAGAUCAGAAGCUGGCGUUACGGACAAGUUCAAUGUGGAAGUAGGCUUGCAUCAGGGAUCGGCUUUAAGUCCUCAUUUGUUUGUCCUGGUAAUGGAUUCUCUGACGUCAAACAUACAGGAACAAGCGCCCUGGUGCAUGCUGUUUGCCGACGACAUUGUGCUUGUCGGAGAAGAUGCGGCCGACGUCCAGAGCAGACUGCGUAGAUGGCAAGAGAAAUUGGAGAGUGUUGGCCUGAGGAUCAGCCGAACGAAGACAGAACAUCUGUUCUGUGACUUCGGUGGCCCCUCCAGUUUCUCUGAUAUCUCUUUGGAUGGCGUAACUCUACCUGUCUGCUCCAAUUUCCGGUACCUCGGUUCGCUCUUCCAAAGUGACGGUAGCAUUGAUCGAGACGUGAACAAUAGAAUGAAUGCGGGAUGGAUGAAAUGGCGACAGGUCUCAGGUGUUAUAUGCGACCCGAAAAUGCCCCUUAAACUUAAGGGGAAAAUUUACAAAACUGUCGUUAGACCUGUCACAUUGUAUGGUUCAGAAUGUUGGGCGGUAAAAGGGAAGGAUGAAAGACGAGUACAUGCGACCGAAAUGCGAAUGUUGAGAUGGAUGUGUGCUGUGACAAGAAUGGAUAUGAUAAGGAAUGAAUAUAUAAGGGGAAGUUUAAAAGUAGCACCAGUGGUAGAAAAAAUGAGGAGUAAUAGGCUGGCAUGGUAUGGGCAUGUAAUGCGGAGGGAAGAGAGUCAUAUCACUAGAAGAAUGUUAAAUAUGCAUGUGGAUGGAGAAAAGAGAAGAGGACGACCAAAGAAAAGGUGGAUGGAUUGCGUGAAAGAGGAUAUGCGUAUAAAAGGGAACAUCCUGUAUCUAGUAGCCCUAUCAACAGCUCGAAACACCAUCAAAAUCAACAUUCUGUAUCUAAGUAGCCCUAUCAACAGCUCGAAACACCAUCAAAAUCGUAAGACACUAGAAGAUCAUCUGUGUCGGAUCGCCAUAGAAUCGCUGUCGCAACCUCACACGCAGUCAAACAUUCUGUAUCUAAGUAGCCCUAUCAACAGCUCGAAACACCAUCAAAAUCGUAAGACACUAGAAGAUCAUCUGUGUCGGAUCGCCAUAGAAUCGCUGUCGCAACCUCACACGCAGUCAAACAUUCUGUAUCUAAGUAGCCCUAUCAACAGCUUGAAACAGCAUCAAAAUCGUAAGACACUAGAAGAUCAUCUGUGUCGGAUCGCCAUAGAAUCGCUGUCGCAACCUCACACGCAGUCAAACAUUCUGUAUCUAAGUAGCCCUAUCAACAGCUCGAAACACCAUCAAAAUCGUAAGACACUAGAAGAUCAUCUGUGUCGGAUCGCCAUAGAAUCGCUGUCGCAACCUCACACGCAAAACCUGAAGUGGCAGAGGGAAGCUAAAUUUCUCUCGCUGUAUCGAUGGCCGCUGGGGCAGACGUGUUUUGGAGUGAAGACCGCGUACCAGCAAGAGCAGUGUGGGGUGACCUCCAAGGCUCCAGCCCGCUGGACUGACGACCUUAAGAAUGUGGAUGAGGUUGGUGGAGAACAGUGUGUAGUGACGUUUCCCCCCCCGAAGGUCUCAGGGGAAGGGAAGAAAGGAAGGAAGGUGAAGGAAGGUUCAGCAGAGGAGGCAAACAGGCUGGUUGAUCGAUUGACAUAG